AAUUAAAAACGAUUGAUUGAAAGAAAUUAAAAUUAGAUAAAUAUUCUUGGAGGAAGGUAGGAUUUAUUGUAGAAAAAUUUACUUAAAUAGGACUAAAACAUGAGACCCAAACUAUUGGGAAUUUGUGAUUAUAUUAUCCUAGCUCAAUUCAUUUUAAAAUUCUGUUUUAAGGUUCUACCGACCAUUAUCAUCAGGGACUUUAGUUUCCUCUUCCUCAGUCAACUUCCUCUACCAAAACUUUGGCAUUCACCGGGAACAUGACAUGGCUGCCGGCGCUACUCUCCCUUUCACUCCUUGUCCGCCUGCACUAUUAUUGCAGCUCGGCGGCGACCACGGACACCAUCGCCGUCAACCAAACUCUCGAAGACGGAGAUUUAUUACUCUCUAGUGCAAAAUCUUACGCCCUGGGCUUCUUCACCCCGGGCAAUUCCACCGGGAAACGUUACGUCGGGAUCUGGUACUGGAAAAUCCCAGAACGAGUGGUUGUUUGGGUAGCUAACAGAAACAACCCCGUCAACGGCACAUCCGGAAUCCUCUCCGUCGACCUCACCGGAAACCUCGUAAUCCAUGAUCGGAAAACAAAUACCACCGUCUGGAACACCAGUCUUUCUUUCCCGGCGGACGAGAACACUAAGCCCCACUCUGCUCUGCUCCAAGAAACAGGGAAUCUGGUUUUGUAUACAGCAUCUUCACAGAUUUUGUGGCAGAGUUUCGAUUACCCGACGAACACGCUGAUUGCCGGCUUGAAAUUCGGGGUGGACAUGAAACGCGGCCUCAAUUUAUCCCUCACGUCGUGGAAAUCAUCGGACGAUCCUGGCACCGGAGAGUAUUCGAUGAGAAUAGAGAUGAAGGGAAAACCACAGGCUUAUCUGUUCCGAGAAUCGGCCCGAGUUUGGAGACUCGGGCCGUGGAACGGGAUAAGAUGGAGCGGCGUGCCGGAGAUGACUCCGAACAUAACGCCGUACACCUUCACGGAGAACGGCGACGAGGUGACGGAGGAGUACCGGAUCAAGGACCCGAACAUAUACACGAUCGUCAUGUUGAACGAAACCGGGACAGUGAACAAGAUCUUAUGGCAAGACGGGAAAUGGGUCGGGAACUGGUACUACCCUAACAACGACGACUGCGAUUCGUACGACCGGUGUGGCCCGUUCGGGAUAUGCAACCCGUACAACGAGCCGGGCGGGUUCGACUGCAGGUGCGUUACAACCGGGUUCGAACCUGAGUCGGUCUCGGAUUGGGACCGGGGGGACGGGAGGAGCGGAUGCCGGAGGUCGUCCCCGGAACAGUGCGGCAACGGGGACGGGUUUCUGAAGCUGGGGAACGUGAAGGUACCGGACACGGAGACGGCGGUGUUGAACAGUGAAAUGAAAGGGUUGGAAGAGUGCGAGGAGCUGUGCCGGAAGAACUGUUCGUGCACGGGGUACGCCGGAAAUAACAUCAGCGACGGCGGAGUGAUUGGGUGCAUCACCUGGCACGGUGAGCUGAGAGACAUGAGGGAGUUCACUAAAGGGGGCCAAGAUAUGUAUAUUCGAGUCUCUGCUUCAGAAUUACCAGGUCAGAAUUCAAAGGAGUCUAAAGGGCAUCGCCGGAAAUGGGUCGCAGGCGUUGUGGUAGGGGUGCUUGUUGUUGCGGCACUCAUUCUUGUGGCCAUUUGUUUAACAAUGAAAAGGAUAAAAACAGGGAAGAGAGAGGUAAUGAUAAUAAAGAAUGAAAAAAUAAUACACUCUUUUGAAGAAGGGUCGUCUCCGAUAACAAUGGGGAGAUAUAUGGAUGGAGAAGGCACGGCAGAUGUGUUAAUAUAUGAUCUCAACAUAAUUCAAGCUGCCACUGAUAACUUUUCCCUUGAAAAUAAACUUGGAGAAGGCGGAUUUGGGUGCGUUUACAAAGGAAAGAUGGGAAAUGGAGAGGUAGUAGCGGUAAAAAGGCUGACAAAGAGUUCAGAUCAAGGGAUAGAAGAAUUCAAAAAUGAAGUGAUACUAAUAGCUCGGCUACAACACCGGAAUCUGGUGAGGCUCUUGGGGUAUUGCAUUGAAGGAGGGGAGAAAAUGUUGGUGUAUGAGUACUUGCCUAAUAAAGGCCUUGACACUUUCCUCUUUGCAGAGAAUAGCCACAUGACACAUUUGGAUUGGAGAAAGCGCUUUGAAAUUAUUUUAGGAGUUGCUCAAGGAUUAUUAUAUCUUCAUCAAGAUUCAAGGUUAAGAAUCAUUCAUAGAGAUUUAAAAGCUAGCAAUGUGUUGCUAGAUGCCAAUAUGGACCCAAAAAUAUCAGAUUUCGGAAUGGCUAGAAUCUUCGGAGAAGAACAAGUUGAAGAUAACACAAAUCGAGUGGUUGGAACCUAUGGUUACAUGUCACCUGAAUACGCAAUGGAAGGUCACUUCUCGGCAAAAUCAGACGUGUUUAGUUUCGGUAUUUUAUUGUUGGAAAUAGUGACUGGAAAGAAAAACAAGCACAGGUUCAAUGAGCAUUCUCUCAACUUAGUAGGUGAUGUAUGGAAUGUGUGGAAUGAAGAGAAAGCACUUGGUGUGGUUGACCCAUCAUUGAAGGACGAUGAGCCGUCGUAUGAUGUUGGAGAAGUGUUGAGAUGCAUCCAUGUUGGGUUGUUGUGCGCCCAGCCUUAUCCCGACGAUAGGCCAAACAUGUCCGAAGUGGUUUUCAUGCUAAGCAAUGAAACCAAGCUCCCACAGCCUAAUCCACCCGGCUUUGUUUUUGAACCGCCGAGAACCGAUCAAUUCUGGUCGACGUCUACAAGUGCAGGGAAUCAAUCCAUCAAUUGUGUGUCAAUUACCGCAGUCAAGGGUCGUUAAUUAUUAGGUCCUCGAAUAAUUGUAUGUCAUUUUUAUAUUAUAGCAUAUCAUUAUUUGAAUCUUAAAUUAGUUAAGUAUGUUUGUUUAAGAACCACCAACUUCAUGACUCUUUUCUCUGUUAAACUUUGUGAGUCACAAGAUUAUAAUGGAAGAUCUUGACACUUUUA